CGGAAGCGGCGCGUGGGGGGGGCGGGGCCGGCGAUCAUGGCGAAGACCUACGACUACCUGUUCAAGCUGCUGCUGAUCGGCGACUCGGGCGUGGGGAAGACCUGCGCGCUGUUCCGCUUCUCCGAGGACGCCUUCAACGCCACUUUCAUCUCGACGAUCGGGAUCGAUUUCAAAAUCCGGACGAUCGAACUGGACGGGAAAAGAAUUAAACUGCAGAUCUGGGACACGGCCGGGCAGGAGCGGUUCCGGACCAUCACCACCGCCUACUACCGGGGAGCCAUGGGCAUCAUGUUGGUCUAUGACAUCACCAAUGAAAAGUCGUUUGAAAACAUUCGGAAUUGGGUCAGGAAUAUCGAGGAGCACGCCUCUCCUGAUGUUGAAAAAAUGAUCCUUGGGAACAAAUGUGAUGCAAACGACAAGCGCCAAGUUUCUAGAGAGCAGGGGGAGAAGCUUGCUGCGAGUUUUGGAAUUAAAUUUAUGGAGACCAGUGCAAAAGCAAAUAUAAACAUAGAGAAUGCGUUUUUCACUCUCGCAAGAGAUAUCAAAGCAAAAAUGGACAAGAAGUUGGAAGGCAAUAGCCCACAAGGCAGCAACCAGGGAGUCAAAAUCACACCAGACCAGCAAAAGAAAAGCAGCUUUUUCCGAUGUGUUCUUCUGUGAGGGACACGGCCUUAACCUGAGCGCCCACUCAGCUGAACUGGACGGUGCCUGUUGUGAGUGAGAGUUCUCUGCUUGUGGACUUAGCGUUCUCCACACACUGUGUCACUCUGUGACCAUCUGAAUAGAAAUUUAUUUUGGUAAUUGUCUGACUCUUCAAUUUUGGAGAUGAAACAAGUUUAUUUUUGUCAGAUUGCCACUGGGCAUACGUGUUGCCUAGCAGAGGGGAUACAGAUCAAACAUGACUGUGGGUUAGCACCUUCGCUGACAGGCGUCAAUCUCUUUGUUUGUAGUUGUAAUGUAUCCAAAUUAGAAAGAUUUAAGUUAUGAUCAAAAUGAGAACUGAGAUGCCAAUGUUAAUAAAGUACAGGCACAUGUACCUGAUACGUGUGCGCAUCCACGGCUGUAGAUGCAUAGAGAGCGACCGCGUCAACACGUCAAAUGCACUUAGGUAAGCAGUGCGUGCCCGUACCUUCUCAGAAGGUAGGAGGAAGCUUUCUGCAUCUCCACCCCUUGCUACUACAGAGAAAAUCCUUUAUCCGCCUGUUACUGAUUCAGUUGCGUUAUUGUAGACAAUCCACAAGUACAAUUGAAGUUUAAAAAGCAAAUCCUCCUUGAAAGAAUCUCUAUUUUUUUAAAAAACCAAAGUGUGCUGUAAAUAGAACAGAUCGUUGCCAUCAGGAGUUACUUUAUCCCUGUUAGACUUGACCGUGCUGAACUAAGUACUCCAGAUGUUCAGACGCAUUUGCUGGGAGUUGGUGGCUACAGUGAGUUCCAUUGCCAGUGAUCUGGUGGCUGCUUUUAGAGAGAGGCCGUGGGUCAGGCAGGGGCACUUACGCAGUUUGUACCAUCACAGGGGGCAGCUUUUCCAUCUCCGGUUGAGAACGGCUCCGAUCUGUCAUGGUGUAGUAACGAGCUAUAAAUUGUGACGAGAAGAUGUAUUGCACUGCUUCCAGUUGUGUGUUCUUAUGCACACGUGCUCACAUAUGCAAAUAAAUGUUGCACAUCUGAACACUUUCUGAAACAAAUUCUUCAAACCGAGAUUUAUCUUGCUGCUCUGCAUCCAUGGUUGCAGAUUUCAAGCAGCACCAAACCUGUUGACAGUGUGUUUCGAUGCAACUGAUGUUUAGUCCUCAGUGGGAAUACUCUGUGUAUUUAUUCCUACAAACAGUCUCUGACAUUCCAAUGGAUAAAUGGAACAGCCAAGCAAAGCUCCUGGGGAGCUGAUGGCUUUCAGUCCAGAGGUUGGAGCCUGACUCUUCGUUAGACUGACGAAGGGAGCCAGUAAGAGCCAUCUCCUUCAGUCUGCUGUCAAGUGAUGGGAAUUAUGGGAUAUUUAAUUCAAGUGAACAUAUCAGCUGUGUCCUGCAACUCACUGGAAUUGUUAACAUGCUUUGUUUACACCGACAACUGCACUCAAGGGUAAAAUUAAAGCUGAUUUUAAAGUUAAUGGACUUACUCACCAGUUUUGUUUUCUUCAAGUUUGGGGUGUUACGUUCUGGCCUCACAGUAGGACUCGCAAGUGCUACUAGAGUUAAAGGUGGAUCAGAUUCGGAAUUAAACUUUACAGGUGUGCAGCGUGCACUCAGGCUCACCAGGAACAUUGCCUGCUUUUCUAAAAUGGGAAAGGAAAUGUUACUGUAUAAGUUACUGGUUUAUAAAAACGCAUUUUCUAUGUUAACAACCUUUUCUUUUAAUAGCUAGCAGAUUACAGUGAGCUCUGUUUGUGAUUAAAAUCAUACGUAAAGUUUUCCUCUAACCAGAACCUUAUGAUAGGUUUUUUUAUUGUGGCUUUUUUAGCGUGAGGACUCAGUGAACAUGCUCCGUAGUGGAUUUGUAGGAUAAAAUUGUGUUGAGCUAUAGAAGAGCUUUCUUGUCAGUAUGCACUUUAGUCAGUACACACUUCAGAGCAUUGUUCACACAGAGCAAUAGGUUGGACACGCAAUGCUUCUGUCUUGAGAUGAGGAGGCUUUUAAAAGCUUUCUCCUAUGCGUCAAGAAAUUACCGAGGCAGAACUGGGAAGGUGAUGAAGGCAUGGUCCAAAUGCUGUUUUCCUGCACAAAGCAGAUCUGUUUAACAGCUCAGUAGUAAAUGUGAUUGUCUUAAAACUGUGCAGCCAGACUUGUUUUUCAAAGUGACUGGAAAAAUAAGUGGCUGGUCUGACUUGAUAUCGCAGGCUGCCCACCACACCCCUGCAUAUUGCCUCCUCACUGCACCUAAACCCGUAACUCAUCUGGCGUUGUAUUCAUUCACAAGUGGAUAAAACUUGAAGGGUGGAAUUGUGUUUUUCAAACUCCGCACUUCCUAAAUCUUAAGUGACUCUUUUGCAUUCAGAGCCAACUGUUUGUACGUCAACACUUGUUGGUUUAGCUCGUGCUGGUUGUUACAAAUGUUUAGUACCUAGUUUGUAGUACCGUUUCCCCUUACAGAAUGAUUAUUUAUUGUCAGUGAACAGCUACAUUAUUGCCUGCUCUCAGGAAGUUUUGUGCAGUUACUGUACAUGUAGGGCCUGCAGACUCUACAAGACACAACAUCAGUGUUGGCAAUAGGAAACCUGAAAUGCACGUGUAAGGCAGGAAGAGGUUAAGGACAGUGCAGUUCUAUGUAUGCUUGGCUUUGUCACUAAAUACAGACGUCAAAUCUUGCAUACGUACAAUGUGUAAUGGAUGUUUCCAUCACGUAAUUAAAUUACUCUUGUUUUGAAGUAUGAAUGUUAUAGAAAACACAACGAUGAAAAGAAGUACUAUGUACAUCCAUUCAGGGAGGUAUUUGGAUGUAAGCUUUCUUUAAGGAGGGAAACAUCUGAAAUUGGAUAGAAAAUCUGUAAUUUAGGUAGAAAUUUAGGUAGAUAUGAAAAACUGUGUGUUUACUGCACAUCCUCGGUGUCUGAUGCCACUAAAAUGUGAGGUAAUCAAUUAACACUUGGUUUGUAGAGACACAAACCCAUUUUAGAGCAUGUUCUCAAAUUCCCUUGCUUUAGUGAGUCUCACUGAACUCUAUGGCUGCCCUUAGUUCUGAGGCUGGUUGCAGUAUUUCAGGUCUUUACCUUUCAGGUGCAGACCCAGCAGUAGCUCGUCUGUCAAUAAAUGGAGCCGCUGUUGUAGCACUUGCGUUGUCUUGGUUGGUGCUGAUGGGCACAUUCAAUGUUCCUUGACAGCAGAGCCUUAGGCCAGCAUCAGACUUUCAGCCUCAGAUUUAUAAAUCCUAUGGAUUAUUCCAAGUCUCUCUGCUGCUGCUGGAAAUUAUUUGGUUUCCACUUUCAUGUGAGAUGCUCAUCAUCUCGCUGACAAUUGUUAAGGGGUUUGUUGUGGUAGUGAUGAUGUCAUUGGCUGAAGACCGUGCUCAAAAGCUACUGGGAUUUCUUGUGCUCUUGGACUUGAAACGGCUUGGGGUUGUGCUGGAGAGGAAUGGAAAAACAGCUGCAUGGACAGCGGUCUCCAUUUGUAGUAGAAGUGCAUAGGGAUUGGGAAGGAAUGGUGACUAGCAUGUGUCUUCAUUCAUCAAUUAAAUACAGAUCUGUUUGGUCAUUAAUGGUGAUGUGCAGUCCGGUUAUCUCAGGCUGCCUCACUGUGGCUCAUCUCUCUGACCAUGGAGUUCUGUUCUGUUCCUGGUCUCCCCGGCCCUGCUGUGGGAAUCAUAUGCUCUAUGUUGAGCGUGAGCUGGGACUUGCGGCUUCGUUUGGAAGGGAACUUAAUGCAUCCAAAUAUUUUUAAAAACAACUGUAAAUUGUAUUUUUAGAAUGACCACUUUUGGCUGCCACCCUUCCCACAUGACAACUGCUUUCUUAGACACUUCUCAUGGAUUUUCAUAUUUGUAUUAAGAACAAAACUGAUUUAUUACAGUCUGUAUGUUUUUACUGUUGUACAGGACCCUGAGCA